CUCCAUAUGCGUACGCGUGUGGACCUAAAGCGAGGCUUUGAGGGCGCCGAUUUGACUAGUGGGAAGAGGGUCUUCCAACUGGGAUCGAGCAGCCGAUCCUGAGGCCGCCGCUGUCGUUGAUGUUCCCGAGGGGACCAACCCGUUGACGGGAGCGCCUUAUUCGAAGCAGUACUAUGAUAUUCUCGAGAAGAGGCAGCAACUACCGUGUUGGAGGGAAAAAGUAGACUUCCUCAAAUUGGUGAAGAAAUCACAAGUCACUUUACUGGUGGGAGAGACGGGGUCGGGAAAGACAACGCAAAUGCCGCAGUUCCUGUUGGAGGCUGGCUAUGCUUCUGAUGGAAAAAUGAUUGCAUGUACGCAGCCUCGUCGAGUUGCUGCUAUGAGUGUAGCACAGCGCGUUGCUCAGGAGAUGGAUGUUACACUGGGGGAACAAGUCGGUUUUACUAUCAGGUUUGAGGACCAGACGGGUCCUAAUACAAUGCUGAAGUAUAUGACAGAUGGUAUGCUCCUUCGAGAGGCACAGCUAGAUAACAAGCUCAGUCGCUAUAACGUUAUAAUGCUGGAUGAGGCACAUGAAAGGACUCUGGCCACUGAUGUGCUCUUCGGUCUGCUCAAGGAGAUCCUUCCGAAUCGGCCCGACUUGAAAGUAGUAGUGAUGAGUGCUACCUUGGAAGCAGAGGCAUUCGGCAAGUACUUCUACAACGCUCCGCUGUUGAAGGUCCCUGGCCGAACCUACCCUGUUGAGAUCUUCUAUUCUCCUGAGUCGCAGAAGGACUAUUUCGAGUCCGCUGUGCAAACUGUAGUAUACAUUCAUACGGAGGAGCCGGCUGGCAGUGGUGAUAUACUGUUGUUCCUUACAGGAGAGGAGGAAAUCGAGAACGCCUGUAAGCAGCUUCGCACAGCGUCUAUGCGCACCAUGCGAGAGCAUGGUGAACUCCUAGUAGUCCCCCUAUACUCAAGUCUACCUCCACGACAACAACAAAAGAUAUUCGAAGAUGCGCCUCCACCGAGAUACGAAGGAGGCCCGGCUGGUCGGAAGGUGGUUGUUGCCACUAAUGUGGCGGAAACAUCUAUAACGAUCGAUGGUAUUGUGUAUGUUGUUGACCCUGGGUUCUCGAAACAGAAAGUGUUUAACCCCCGCACAAGGAUGGAGUCGUUGUUGGUGUCACCGAUUUCUCAAGCGUCAGCGCAGCAGAGGGCGGGUCGAGCUGGUCGUACACGCCCUGGCAAAUGCUUCCGUCUUUAUACGGAAAAUGCUUAUGGUGACUUGCAGCCAUCGACCUUCCCAGAGAUCCUUAGAUCGAAUCUAUCAUCCGUCGUUUUGACGUUGAAGAAGCUUGGGAUAGACGAUCUCGUCCAUUUCGACUUCAUGGACCCUCCUGCUCCCGAGACCAUGAUGAGAGCUUUGGAGACGCUCGUGUAUCUAGGCGCCCUCGAUGAGGAGGGCGACCUCACUGAGUUCGGCAGGACCAUGGCAGACUUCCCAGUGGAGCCUCAAAUGGCUGCGGUAUUACUCAGAAGUGGCCGGUUCCACUGCACUGAGGAGGCGCUGACCAUCAUAGCGAUGCUCUCGGUACCACAGUGCUUCUUGAGGCCCAAGGAAGCCCAGCAGGAGGCCGAUGCGGCUAAGCAGAAGUUCGUGCAUAUGGAUGGGGAUCAUCUCACGCUGAUGCAGGCAUACGACGCUUAUAUCGCCUAUAAAAUGCAGUGCAACGGCGUUGAGAGAGCGAUGUCGCAAUGGUGUUGGGAUAACUAUAUCAACUAUCGCACGAUGAAGUCAGCGGAAAACGUCCGGGCGCAGUUGAAGCGGCUGACGGACAGAGUCGGGUUGAAGGCCUUGAGCUUGGCUAGAAACCAUCCGGAUUUCACGAAUAAUAUCAGAAAGUGUAUCCUCUCUGGUUUUUUCAUGCAAGUGGCUCAUCUGCAGAAGGCUGGGGUUUACCUUACUACUCGAGAGCAUCAAGUUGUGAUGUUGCAUCCGUCUACCGUGAUUCAGCAUAAACCGGAGUGGGUACUCUACCAUGAGUUGGUCUUGACCGCUAAGAAUUAUAUAAGAACUGUUAUGACGAUUAAAGGGGAAUGGUUAUUAGAGUUGGCACCAGGGUACUAUAACAUCGAUGAGUUGCCCAACUCCGAGACCAAACGACAACUAGCGCGUAUAAGGAAGGGUAUGGAUAAAAAGAAGAUCACAGGAGCAGGGGGGUUGUAGUUGCU